AUGCACAGUUCUUGUUAUCCACUUGAUACUCAUCACGGUGCUGUUUCUUCGAUCGAUCGAAGCCGAUCGGUCGCCGUGAAAGCUGCUAUUGAAGCUGGUUAUCGUCUCAUCGACACGGCUGCUUGUUAUCAAAAUGAAGAAGCAAUUGGUGAAACUCUGAAAGAUCUGAUCCACGCCGGAAAAGUUACUCGCGAAGAGCUGUUCAUCACCACGAAACUAUGGGUGUCACAUCUUCAUCCGGAGGAUGUCGAAAGUGCUCUACGCGAAUCUCUUCGUAAACUCCAAGUCGAAUAUGUGGAUCUUUACCUUGCCCAUGCGCCGACGGCCUACGAUAAAAACAUGAAGAAACAAGAUCAUUCUGUGAAAGUCCAAGAUACAUGGCAUGGUUUGGAGGAAGUGUAUAAGAAGGGGCUAACUAAAGCUAUAGGCGUUUCAAAUUAUAGCGGCGAACAGAUAGAGCGUGUUCUUCAAACUGCUACCGUACCUAUUCACAAUUGCCAGGUGGAGCUCCACCUUUACUGGCCUCAACACGAACUGCAUGAACUUUGUAAGAGGCAUGAUAUCUGUCUCACAUCUUACGCAACGCUUGGGUCUCCUGGUCGUGUCAAAAUGAAAGCUCUGGCAACUGGACAGCCGGUUACGUGGCCAGCUAAUAAAAGAGAUCUAGACGACCCGAACGUGAAAGCGAUUGCAGCAAAGUACUCAAAAACCCCAGCACAGAUUCUGUUGCGCUACGUAAUCGAUCCGGAAUAUUGCGGUAAUACCGAAAUCUGUAACUCCAUCUCGAAUCGUUGA